AUGUCCGCUCAGAAUGCAACUACACCCAGCGAUAUCGCCGCAAUCAUGCCUCAGCUCCUCGCCGGUGCGGAGGGUCUUCAGAUGACCAGGUUCGCCACCGCUGCAGCUGGAGCCAUCUAUGUCUAUUCUAUUUUGGUCUCGUUUGAUGAAGAGGUCGAAUACUUUUGGUCAACACUCCGACCAACCUUUCCCAACCUACUCUACAUUAUUAAUCGAUAUGUCUGCCUCGGAUUCUUCCUCAACAUCGUAUACGACAUGUCCGGCCUUCAUGGCGACUUCUCCCAGGCAUAUUGUACAAAAUGUACCGGCGUAAUUGGACUCACACUCGCACAUCUAUCAUGGACCGGCAUAAUGACCAUCCGCGUCGCGGCUCUCUGGCGGUCUCACCCACGCCUUGUUUAUUCACUCUGGGCACUCUGGGCGGGUAUCAUGGUCGUCAUCGGUCUAUUUACCUAUCUUUCCUACAAAUCUGUCAUCGCAACGAUGACUUACAACAAGUAUAUGCGAAUAUGCGCUACAGAUCACAACCCAAAAGUCAUGGUCGCCUCGCCUCUCCCACCGACUCUCUACGAGCUCCUCUUGACCGUGCUCACAAUCAUCAAAACCUACAAGUUUAUCGCUGCAACCAAUGCAACUUCACCACCCAUCCUACACGUCCUGGCCCGUGACGGCGUGAUCUACUUUGUGCUCAGCAGCGUCGUCUCCGUCUCAAACAUGCUAAGCUGGCAUCUCUUACCCCCAGAAUUCAGCGGUUUCCUGCUCUACAUUUAUUGGGCAUUACUCUCCACAUGCACAUCCUACCUGACACUCAAUCUCCGGAGAGCAUACUACCAUGGUCGAGCAAACGAGACGGAGCAACUCUCUUCACAGGGCCUCGACCCGACCAUCACUUUUGCACGUAUGCCGGGUAACCCGCCCAACUCGCGUGUCGUCGGCGGCGCCGAGGUCGGACACGGACAAGAGUAUGAUCAAGGCGGAGACGGCGACGGAGACGCGUCGACGAUUGGAGGAAGUGAUCAGGAUAUUCGAUACCCUCGUCCACCACGCGAGCGGUUCACAUCAACCUCAUCAGUAUGGGUCGUACAUGAUUCUCCUUCUCGUACACAUAGGACGGAGGAACCGACUAGUGCGGGUACAGGCAGGAGCUCGACGACGACGACAACGGGUCGGAGUGGACUUGCAAGUACAAGUCAGGGUCCGAGCGGUAGUGGAAAUCCGACGGGCCUCAAAGCUGCUUGUGCGUUUAUUAUGGGUGAUGGAGAGUUUUUCCGUGACCCGUCGUUGCGACGUUCUCCCUCGGGUGCGAGUUCAGACGAGGAGAAUGCUGGUGCGAGUACGAGUGCGAAGAAAAAGGAUGGAAGUCUCCAUUCUAAGAGGGAAAAGGAAAAGGAUUUGGAAAAGUCUGGUGCCAAGGAAGAUGGCUGGGAGGUCGUAGACGUGAUACCCCUUACGAAACUCAUACACUCGAGGAGUCGAUAA